UGGAACCCAAUGGACUUUUGGGGGCCUCCCUUUACCAGCUGCCCGCCCGCCGUCGUCAUGCCGUCCCUGUUGCUCCGGCUGCCCCUGCGCCUAUGCCGGCUGUGGCCCUGUAGCCCUCCCACCCGACUCCUCACAGCCGCAACAGGGCAGCGGCCUGUCCCUACUAAUUACUAUGAACUGUUGGGAGUGCAUCCUGGCGCCAGCGCUGAAGAGAUUAAGCGCGCUUUCUUCACCAAGUCAAAAGAGCUACACCCUGACCGAGACCCUGGGAACCCAGCCCUGCAUAGCCGUUUUGUGGAGCUGAGUGAGGCGUAUCGAGUGCUCAGCCGUGAGGAAAGUCGUCGGAACUAUGACCACCAGCUGCAUUCAGCCAGUCCUUCAAAGCCGUCAGGGAGCACAGCCGAGCCUAAGUAUAAACAGCAGACACACAGCAGCUCCUGGGAACCCCCGAAUGCUGAAUACUGGGCCCAGUUCCACAGUGUGAGGCCACAGGAGCCCAAGUCAAGGAAGCAGCAGCAUAAACACAACCAGCGGGUCUUGGGGUACUGCCUUCUGCUCAUGGUGGCAAGCAUGGGCCUGCACUACAUCGCCUUCAGGAAGCUGGAGCAGGUGCAUCGCAGCUUCAUGGACGAAAAGGAUCGGAUCAUCACAGCCAUCUACAAUGACACUCGGGCCAGGGCCAGGGCCAACAGAGCCAGGAUUCAGCAGAAGCACCAGCAGAGGCAGCCUCCGACAGAACCCUCCCUGCCUCCAGAAAGUUCCAGGAUCAUGCCCCAGGACACAAGCCAGUGAGAGGCUUACCUAGGUGGGACCUGUAUUGGUCCUCCCCUUGCUGCCUGUCUAGGACUACACGUGCAAUAAACUCAUAUUCAGACUCCU